AUAGACAGUGCACUUUUUACACUCCUGCAGACCACAUUGUGCUUUCUAGUAUGAGGAACUUUAAACUCUAAGAAGAAGAAGAAGAUCGAAGGGGGAAAAAGGUUCAACCUUAUCAUGAAAGUAUACCAAAAACUAGAUGACAUUCUCCCACAUUUUCCACAUCCUACUUUGCCAUACUAUAAGUUGAUGCGUCACUACUUCAGUGCACCGACUUGAAUUUAAUGACUUCAUGGUGAAAGUAUUUUUUGGCAGUGUUCUCACAGGGCGGAUGUCAUGGACUAUGAUUCUCUGGGCUGCACAUUUCUCUGCAGCUCUUCUCCUGAAGAAUGAUAUCUUACCGGAUUAUUGGAAAAUCGUGUCGAGAAGUUUUCGCACUCUCAUGCAGGAAGAGGAGCUCAACAGAGCUGGAAGAUGCCUGUGUGCACAAUUUGUCAGUUGUAACCAACAUGCUCCAGUUGUGUGUGAUCUUCUGCUUGCUGUCAGCUGUCUUUUCCCAGUCAACUUCUACGACACCAAAGAAGGGUCGAAACUUCACCAUCCACUCCUCCCAGCUUGUUUGCAGUCUGCCAGGCCCAGCAGGGCCACCGGGUAACCCAGGAGCCCCUGGAUCAGCAGGGGCAAUGGGCCCUAUGGGUCCCCCUGGGAAGGAUGGCCCAGACGGAAAGGAUGGAGAGAAGGGAGAGAAGGGAGAUGGAGGUGAUCCAGGAAGGACCGGAAACCCAGGCAAACCAGGUGUGAAAGGCCGGGAAGGUGUUAUUGGCAAAGCUGGUCCACGAGGGCUGAAGGGUCCUAGGGGGUCACCAGGACUCACUGGAAAACGAGGGCCAAAAGGAGAGCUCGGGGAUGUUGGUGAGCAAGGACAGCCCGGAGGGUGUAACUGUGGCGGUGUAGCCCGAGCAGCAUUUUCUGUGGCCGUGACAAAGAGCUACCCCAAAGAGCGAUUGCCCAUUCGCUUCAGCCGCAUCCUGCUGAACGAGGGGAAUUACUACAACGCCAGCAGUGGGAAGUUUGUCUGUGGCAUCCCUGGAGUCUAUUAUUUCACAUAUGACAUCACUCUGGCUAAUAAGCACCUGGCCAUCGGGCUAGUCCACAAUGGACAAUACAAGAUCAAGACUUUUGAUGCAAAUACAGGCAACCAUGACGUUGCUUCUGGUUCUACUGUCCUCCACCUGCAGCAGUUAGACCAGGUAUGGCUGCAGAUCUUCUACUCAGAGCAGAAUGGACUCUUCUUUGACCCCUUCUGGACAGAUAGCACCUUCACUGGUUUUCUCAUCUACCCUGACCAGGACUAUCUUAAUGAGUCUGAUAGAAAGGCUAAUGAUCGGGAUCAAAGUUAAUACCCUUGUCCAUGCAUGUUUUUUUCAGUAUUUGGAAUAAAAUUAUCAAGUGGGAAAUACACAUUGGAAAUGUCAGGCUCGCUCAACUAGGCCUCAGUGUAUUUAGGUUCCUGAAAAGUUAUGACAGCAGGGGGCGCACAAGGAGAGACAAAGUCAGCAAAUGGAAAGCACCAAAAUGAUUCAAUCCAUGUGCUUGAAGCUGCAGAAUCCGUAUGAUGCUUUCUUACAUAUACUGUACAGUCCUGACAAAGUUUUCUCCAAAAUGCAAAACUAUUAUUUUUCAUUUGAAUUAACAUAAAAGGAGCUGUAUUCCCUGCCCCCAAGACGGUACUGUUGAAAACUAAAUUAAACCAGUGUUACCCCAAUGAUUUUACAGGAUGAGUUCUUGAGUAUGCAAAAUCAUGUGUUUCUAAAUGUGUGUAUGCCAACUGAUACCUGCCAAACACUUUGUUGGUAUGAUAAAUUAAUAUAGAUUUGUCUAUGAUACUGUAAUAUCUACUCCUUCUUGUGGCAAUAAAAUGG